AUGGCAUCAGAACAAAAGAAAAACACGCCGACACGCCAGAGCACGAAGGCUUCGGCUACUUCCAACAGUAAUCGCAGCACACUCCAAAACACACGAAAAACUCCAGCCGCAGCCGCUACUGCUACCAGUCCAUCCACGGGAGGCAGGUAUCCUCCUCCUGCUGCUUCUGCUUCUGCUGCUGCCGCUGUUGCUGCUGCGCCUUCAGGUACAACGACUGGUGGUAAAUCUGGUUCUGGGAGCCAAGGCACAAACAGUGGAAAAACUAGUUCUCCACACCACAAGCAUCCCCGACAUUACUAUCCAAACCAUCACCCCUAUUACUACCCUCCCCAACACCAUCCGCCGCCGCCAUCUCAAAGCCAGAAAGCAUCCAACGAAGCUGCUUCCGCGACCAAUACUACUACCAAUCCGAGUAAUUAUCCGCAUCACCCUGUCUACUAUCCACACGCACCACACGCACCACCGACAAGUCCAAGUCCACACGCUCAUGGGUAUCCUCCUCCGUAUCCUUAUCCACCGCAUUUUUAUUACCCACCGCAUUACCCACCACCUCAGUCGAAUCAUGCUGGAUCUAAUAAUAGCAAUGCGAAAAACAAUCCUCCCUAUCCAUCAUAUCCAUACCCAUACUCCUACCAUCACCAUCAGGCGGGACAACAGACAACUCAGUCUUAUCACAAUAAUAAUCAAACGUCUUCCACAACUUCCAGAAAAGCACCACCUUCAAGCCCUGAUAAACCAUCCUCGACAACAACAACAACAACAACAACAACAAACGCAACCACACCAUUGCGGAACACUGCUGCAACAAGCACUGCUCGCAGCGAAAAGACUGAGAGGGGACGCAACAGGCAGGUAAACAGCGAAAGAUCUCCACGGAGGGAAGAACCGACAACGUCGAGUGGGGUUUCGACCAUUGUCACCAUGCCGAUAAAUCAUAACUACAGAAUGCCUUCGGCAUCGGCAAGUCUCGCAGCAAGAAUCGCUACUACCAAGACUCUUCCAUCAGCGACAGCAGGUGGUGAUACAAAUAAUGAAGCGACAAUGGAACCCUCGCUUUUGAGAUUGGAUGCUUUGGAUUACGAUGCGGCAGACGAAGAUUACAUCAAAUUCGUACAGAGUCUGGGAUUGCAAGAUAGCGAGAGUGUUCAGAUGAUGCCCGAAGAUGAAGACGAGGAAGAAGACUUUCAACUCACAAAUAUGGAAGAAGAGGACGAAGAAGACGAAGAGGACGAGGAUGGUGAUACAGAGCAAGCAAUUGUUCCAGCAAAAGACGACAAUGGCGCAGACAACAACGUUGCCUCUUCCAACGAAGACUACAACAAGCAAGCGGAGUUGGUAGCUCAGGGCGCGGAGACACCUUCUUCUCCCAGAAAAACACGUUCGUCGUGGACGUUGGAUUUGCCCGAGUUUGAUCCACUGUUUUACCGGGAACUAGAAGAAGAACUGGGGGGUCUUGAAGAGGAAGAUCUUGAGGCUGCCGUAGCGAGCUUGUUGGGGACAACUUCCACGUCGUAUGCGCAUUCCCAGAAACACGAAUAUCCGCAAGAAGAGGAAGAAGGCAAGAGGGGUGACGGCGAGAGCUUGUCAACAGUCUUUGCGGAAGAGGCAAUAAACAGUCAAACACCCGAAAAGGCCAAGAAAGGGGGGACCGCCGAUGAACACGUGAUUGCUACAUCUGUCCUGAGGACAACUACACCAAUGAGAAAAGCAACGGGGAUGAGAACAAAGGCAGUUGUCACCCCAGAGCAGGUGCAACGGUUACAGACAUUGUUAAAUCGGCACUACCAGACUCUCGUACAACAAGCCGUUUUGGCAAUCCAAGCUGCGCAUGAAGCCAAAACGUCACGAGUUCGAGACAAAACAGACUUCUUAUCUUUGGAAGCAAUCGACGACCUCAUACAAGUCCUGGAUUCUGCGGUCGGAAUGGUUCAAGACUUGGAUCAGAAUCGAAAAGACGCGAUCAGACACGCGCUGCAAUUUGAAGAAAGUGACGCCGUCCAACGCAGCAGGGUCCUUGACAGCAGCGAGGGGAAGGUGGAGAAGGUGGUUGAAAAGGUGGCACCGCCUUCGCAAGAAUUGUCUCCCAUGGACGUUUGCGAUUCUGCUGCUCCUCGCAACCAACGCCGCUUGACUCGGGCAGCAUUCUCCAAGAGCUUGCAGCAGCAUGCUUCGAAUCGGAAAAGCGUUUUCAACAUCAAGGGCCUUCAAAACUUACAGGAAACCUUUCAAGCACUUGACCGGAGCAUUGGAACAGAAAUAGAGCCCUCACAGGCACGAUAUGGCGAAGAGGAACCGUACACGAGAGUGUGCCGAAGAAUGCUGCAACAUUCAGAGGCAGAUUACGAAGAACAUUUGAUUCCAGGAAAACGUGACGUAUCGGAACUCGUCACUUCAUCACAAGAGUAUCUCGGAGAUGACUUUCAGGCUCCAAUGACUGAUGAGCAAGAAAGAUUCUUCCGCAGGUUCAAGUCAAUUUUCACCAGCGGGGAGGACAACCUUCUAUUGCGUGGCGUGAAUUUGUAUGGAGAGAAGCAGUGGGUACUCAUUGCAGAUCGUUUCCUGCCGGAUCGAUCGAUCAACGUCAUUUCUCAACGCUAUUCGAAGCUGUGCGUCAUGUUGUACAAGGCAAAUGGGAUCAAAAUUGACAAGGUAACCGGUGACCUGUUGACACCUCCCAAACUCGAAAGCGUCGACGAUAUCGACGACGAAAAGGUGGCGCUUAUCAAGAAGCCUAAAGCCCCUGCAAUCCUAAAUGUUCAUCGCUGGUCGAUAGAAGAGGACCUGACUCUUCUACGGGCCGUACCUCUAAUGGGCCACAUGUGGGCAGAGAUUGGGGCUCGCUUGAUUCCUCAUCGUGACCGCGGCCAUUUGCGCAAGCGGUAUCAAGUGCUUGAGCGUCGCGCGAAAGCAACAGUGCAAAGGGAAUUGAAAGGGGGCGAUCCGGUCACUAAAAUGGCGGCAAAGAUUAGGCAGAACAAUCGGAAAGACAUGCAAAGGAGAAUGAUGCAACGUCAGGUGUGGCAGCAGCAAGUGCAUGUGCCAGGCCAGCACCAAGUAUCAUGGCAGCAAGUUCCGGGACAGCAAGGUGGGCCAAGUGCACACCCUCAUACACGAUAUUCCACGUCGGGGCAUCAGCAAGGUCGGCCACUGUUGCCGCGACCUCAACAUGCACCAGCUCAUCCACAUCACCAGCCUCGUCCUCCCCAGAAAAUUCCGACAGGAAAACCACAUGCAGUUGCAGGGAAGCCACAGAUGCAGCAGCCGCAUCAAGCAAGACUGCCGCAUCAACACCAGGAACAGCAAGCACCGAGACCCCAACCCCAGCGACCAACUCAAACACAUCCCAAGCCGCCUCUUCCUUCGCAGGCACUACCUGGAAAAGCGCAACAAACACUUCAGCGGCUGCCAAAUUCAUUUGACUCCAAAAGAAAGCCCACGACUUCAGUCUCUGCGAAAACUGCGGUUGACGCCAAGGAAGCGGAUUGGUCCCAUAAUGCUGGUAUGGACGAUUUGAUGGAGAAUGAGGCUGAGAUUGUGGAUACCCUAGCCAAUCGUCUGGCAAAACCGCCUACAGUCGAUGCCAAGAAACCACCAAGUGCCAAGAUUGUGGAUACCCACGCCAAUCGUUUGGCAGAGCCGUCUCCACGCGAGAUUGAGAAACAAAAAGCUGAGAUUGUGGAUACCCUUGCGAAUGGUUUGGGAAUGCCGGGUACAGCCACAGUCGAAAAACCAAGGGCCGCAAUUGUGGACACCCUUGCCAAUCGCUUGGGAAAGCCGGAGCCAGCAUGUACGGCAACCGCUGAGGUCAAGGAUCCCAGUGCGAAGCCAAAUGACAAAGGAAAAGUAGAUUCCGCGCUAAGCGACAAGGAAAAGCCAGAUGGAACGCCAAGUGACAACGAAGAAGCCGAAGACGAAACGUCUAGUAUGACUAUGACCCGGUCGGGGACAAAGCGGAAGAGCACAACUUCGCUCAUUUCGACACGGUCUUCGAAACGACUGGCGGCAAGGCAGAGCAAAGAUGUAACAGCUGCGGCAACGCCAAAGCGUAGCAACACGACGACAUCACUCGCAUCGAAGCCUAGCAAGGUACCUUCACCAAUGUUGAAAUCGCCGUUGCGGCGCCGACCCCGCUCUUCAUCGGACCAAGACUCCGCUUGUGUUUCUGGUGAUUCGAAGAAGAGUCGGAUAUCAGAAGAAGACGAGGAUGACUUGGAUGGGUCACCGGAAGUCAACUCGGAACUUUUUGCGGGAGGCAACGGGACAUUGGAUGGUUUUGAGUUUGGAGAUCUCGAAAGUCGUCGGUCACUCGGCACCGAAGGGAAUACAAACAACCGUUCCAUUGCCAGGUCAAGGAUUUCUGCCAACGAUUUGGAAGCAAUUUCGGCGUUGAAUUCACUGAGCAACUCUUCGGCACCAUCUGCUAUUACAGGCGGCAGCAAUGCUCGCCAUGCGACGAGAACAUCCGGUGUGAGCACGAGAUCCAAGAAUAAAUUGAAGGAUAGUGGUAAGGAAGAGGAAAAGAGUUUCUUUGCAACGAUCCUUGACGGUGUGAAAGAACGAGAAUCGAAGCGCAAACGCAAGCUUAAAUUCUAA